AACUGUUGUGUGAUGGGAAGUGCUGCGCUUUCCUUAGCUGGUAGUUUAAUUCCUAAAAUGGAUAAAACUCAUUAUCUGUGACACCAAGGGGGUUUGAAAACUUUGUGCUGUUAUAUAAAAUCUCUGACAUUUUUUUCCAAGCGUUUCUUAUCAUCCAAUCAGUAUCUAGCUUCAUCACGGUUGCCUAGCAUUGGAAGCAAGCGGGAAGUAUGGCGGCAGCAUCGGUUGCGGAGGUUUCCGCAAGGAAGACUGAGGCGGUCAAGCCAUCCACGGGCGCUAGUCAAGGUUCCACAAUUAAUUGGUCAGGCCAGGGUUUACAAAAAUUAGGAUCAACUUUAUCCUGUAAUGCAGACAUACAUACUUUGAUUUUGGAUAAAAAUCAAUUAAUUAAAUUGGAACAUCUGGAGAACUAUAAGAACUUGAUGCAGUUGUCAGUAGCCAACAAUCGGCUAGUGCGGAUGAUGGGUGUAGCAAAGCUGACUCAUCUUCGAGUGUUAAACUUGCCUUACAACAGUAUUGGAUAUGUAGAAGGAUUGAAAGAACUAAUGUACCUGGAGUGGCUGAAUCUGGCAGGAAAUAACUUAAAGACCAUAGACCAGAUCGGUUGCUGCACAUCUCUUCAACAUCUUGAUUUGUCAGAUAACAAUAUAUCCCAAAUAGGAGAUAUCUCCAGACUUUCAUCUCUAAAGACUCUGCUGCUGCAUGGAAAUAUCAUAACUUCAUUGCGUACAGCACCUUCUUGUUUACCUCAAGGCCUGACUAUUCUUUCAUUGGCAGAAAAUGAAAUUAGAGAUUUGAAUGAGAUUUCUUUCCUGACUUCCUUUCCUAAAUUAGAGCAAUUGUCAAUUAUGAACAAUCCUUGUGUGAUGGCAACACCUUCCAUUCCAGGUUUUGAUUAUCGACCAUUUAUUGUCAGUUGGUGUCUCAGUCUUAAAGUAAUUGAUGGCUAUGUGGUUUCUCAGAAAGAAAGCUUGAAAGCAGAAUGGCUUUACAGUCAAGGAAAGGGAAGAUCAUUCCGACCAGGCCAGCACAUUCAGUUAGUACAAUAUCUGGCCAGUGUUUGUCCUCUAACUACUAUGUUUGGACUCCAAACAGCAGAGGAUGCCAAACUGGAAAAAAUACUACAUAAGCAAAGGUUGCAUCAGAGACAAUUGAUGUAUCAGAGCCAUGCCAGUGAGUCACCUGUAUCCUCAACUCUGAAUAAAGGGCUACCUGUUACUAAUGAGCCAAACAGUCCUGCCCAUGGACAACAAAAAAUGGUUGAAAGUGAACGUAUUAUUAAAAAAAAUACCUGGGUUGUGACAAAAUCCAAUGAUGACCAUUCUUAUACAGUUAAAAAUGUUUCUCCAACCUCGAUACAAGCUGAAAGAAAUACUCCUCAGGAUUUUUAUCUGGAUGAUAUACAAACCGAUGAGGACAAGUUGAACAGCAGUCUCCUAUCCUCAGAAUCUACUUUUAUGCCUGUUGCUUCAGGGCUGUCUCCAAUGUCUCCUACUGCAACAGAACUGAAACUUCAUGGAAUUGGCAUUGAUGUAGAGGAUGUAGAAGAUGUGGGGGAUGCUGAUUUGGAAUUUACAAAAGAGCUUAAUAUACAAAAUAAAGAAAAGGAGAAAAAUGCUUCUGUGGUUUUCGGGAAGUAUGCCCUCAAGUCAGCAGAGUUGGUAGCAACUCAAAAUGAAGAUCUAGAGGAAGAUAUUUUCCCCAUUGCUGCUGCUUCAGUAGCCACUGAUAUUCAACCUGGUGAUAUUAGCAAUUACCAAGCAUCCACUGAAGACAAUGUAAAGUUCAGUAACCUCAAGCAAUCUCACUCACCUGAAGAGAAUGUUAUCAAAAGUGUUUCUGUUGCCAAUUCCAUAGAACUGUCUACUGAUGCAUCAGUUAUUGUAGCCCAAAAGAAAGAUAAGUUUAUAGAAAUGAACAGAGCUGCCACCAAGCUUCAGGCCUGUUGGAGAGGAUUUUACACAAGAACCUUCCAUCCUAGAGUCAGGGAAGUAUGCUAUGAAAUUCGACUCAGCAGAAUGCAGGAACAUAUAAUCUGUUUAACUGAAGAAGUUCAAAAGUUAAGAAAAGAAAAAAAUGAAGAGAAGCUUCAAAGACUUGUGCAAGAGGAAGCUGUCAAAUUCCUUUGGGAUCAGGUUAAAUCUAUCCAGGAAUGGCAGCUUUCAGUAAACCAACAUCUAAGUAAUAUCUGGCAAAAUAAUACUGCUGCAUCUAGUAUUUUGGGUCCACAUGAAUUAUUAGUACAGUCAUCUAGACUAAAUCAAGAAACUUCUCCUAUUGAUAGUUCAACUUGGUUAGGUUCAUCUGCUGAAACCUGUCAUCAGAAAUGUUUACCAGAAUUUCCUGAUUCAGGCUUCCAUUCCUGUGUGUCUGACCAAAAUAUCCAUGAUGAGUUGCAGAACUCUGAAAAACAUUUGACAGAAACAAAUGAAGGCUUUCUAGGGAAUUCUCUGGAAACAGUCAAACCCUGUGAAGAUUCUCUUUCAGGAUGCCCUUCUGAUGCUGAGGAGAUCUCAGUUGACAACAAGGAAUAUUGUAAAGAGAUCUUGAACAGUGAUCAGAACAGUACUCUUCUCCAACAAUAUUUAAAAACAGUUGAGGAACUAGAUGAUUCUGACGAAAAGACAAAUUGCAGCAAUGGAACAGAAAGUUGUAAGACCCAUGCAGCUGUUUCAUCAGAAGACCAGGAUAUCUUAUGCAAUGCUGUGUCCCUCUCUCAAGAUGUGCUUGUAUCAACAAAAGAAAGAAUUGACACAUUUGAUCUGAAUGACAAAAUGGCAGGGAAAAAAGAGACAGAUCCUUCAUUGCAGACACUUUCUGCUAGGCUAUCUGUAUAGCAAGCAUAGAUCUACAGAAAAAUUUAAAAGCCACAUUAACAUUUUUUGUUAUUAGACAAAUUUCUAUACAUUUUUGGAGACUUGGGUCCCUUACUUUUAAAACAUGGCUUGUAAACAGGUUUGCUAAUCUUCUAACUUUAGACUGACACUCUAUUCAACUGUAUCAAGUUAGGUUCAAAUAGAUAUGGUAACUUAUAUGGGAUUUGGUUGUAAAGAUUUUUAUGAAAUAUAAUUUUGAAGACUCUACUUUCCAUAUUACUGUUAUAGCUGAACUAAACAAUUCUUUUCUCCCAAGAAACAAAGCAUGCAUUCUUAUUGUAAUAUUCAAAGGGAAAAAUAUAAAUAUUUAAUUUGAGGAAUAAGGGCAGUAUGCAGAACUUUAGAUUUGAACGCACAAACAUAGCACCUAUUUGCAACUCCCUAUAGCAGACUUCGGGGUAAGGAAUUGAAGGCAAAUGCUAUCUUUGUACCCCUGCAUGAACUGAAGCUUCUUUUUGCCUUCAAAUCUGAAAUGCUGUUAGUCCCAGUGGCCACACAACAUAUUCACAGUGAAUAAUAUAAGAGAGAUAAUUGAUUUAUUAACAGUAUGAAAAUGUAUGCUGACACUCAGGUACUAAGAUGUAGCUUGGAAAUUUCAUUUGCUGCUCUUGCUCCAUGUACAGAUCAUUUUGCUUUUUAACAGUGCAAGACAGUUUACUCACCAAUACACAAAACUUUUUUCUACAAACAUGACUAUUGAGUUCCAUACAGUCUAGCCCAGCCUGUUAUCACAGAGGACUAUUUUUAUGAUGAUGUUUUUCUGUUUCAUUUGCCAAAACAGUGAGAAAUUUUUUUAAAAAUUGCAGCAAAACCUAUCUUUCAGGGUCUGAAGAGUAGGGAGAGGAGUCAACCUCUCACACUGCAUUCUCAUAAUGAUAGAAACAAUUUGUUCAUUUUACCAAGGCCAGAAUGUGUUUAAAGACAGUAUAUACUCAAUUUGAUACCUAAGUAACAACAAAAUGAGAGGGUUUUUUUUUAAUGGAUCAGCAUUAUACGGGUUUGGCUGCUAAAACUGUACAGAGUCUAAUGCCAUAUGUGCUUGGUAGACUGCUAAGACAGAAGCCAGUGGUUGUGUUUUCUCACUGCUUAAGGGGGGAUUGGCUGCUAAGCUUAUUGCCAUACUUUAGUAUAGUUACUGAUACUCUUUCUGGCACUCCUGGAGAAUGCCUAUGUUUUACUGCUUCACUGUGUAAUGAAGAAAGCAACAAUUCUUUGCAGACUCCAGUUUCUGCCAGUAAAUGCUUUGAAUGUAUGUUUUCAUUAAUAAUUAAUAGUUACUGUCACAAAUAAAUAAAUAUGUUUCUAUUCAUAAAUUCUGGAAUAUUUAGAAGUUGUAACUUUGUUCCCAGUAUUACUUAAGUAUAAAAUCAAGUAUAUACUGUUCUUAGCUUAAUGAGUCAAUUGCAAAUAUUGCCUUGAGAAAUUAUUUUGCCAAAUACAGGGAUAGAUUUAUCGUGUCAAAUUUGACUUCAGCUUGGUACUCCAUUUUAGAAUUCAAGAGUUUAUGCUGCCAACCUUAAAUUAGGAAACAAAGGGUAGAAUAAAUUGUUUUAACUGAAGUAUUGCUUAAGGGAUCUUGAAUUUUACCACAGCUGCCUUUCUUCAGGAUGACCCAUUGCAUUUAAAUAUUUCUGUCAUUCACAUAUCAUUUUCCUCACCUCCUAUUGUGAAGUGUCAUAGAAUGCAUAUAUCUAUACAAUAUAUGCAGUACAUGUUCAAUAUAUACAUGUUCAAAAGCAGCAUAAGACCAAUGCGCUGCUUAAUUUUGUUAUAGAGACAAGUGGUUAAAAACUUGUUCUUUUUUGGAGGGAGAAAUCUAAAAAUACCAGGAAUAUUGCAGACAUAUUCUUUAGAAAGUAUUAUUUCAGAUGGAAAGUUAAACAUGCACUUAAAUAGAUGGAAUUUAAAAAUUCUUUAUUACAUCUGUUGUUUCUCUUGAACUUUAUAUCUGUGUCUUUGUAAGUCUUAAUGUUUGCAUCUCUUAGUUAUAAACAGUAUGUUCAUAUACAUUUGCAUUGUAGCUGGCUUAAUAAUAUUUGUCUUCUGUUCUAUAGAAACAAGUAGGACUCCAUAGUUGAAGUUUUGGAGAGAUGCAAAAAAUUAUUUUGGUCCAAUUAAGCAAAAUAGUUCAUUGUGUAUUGGAAAAAAUACAGGAUAAAAGGUUUUUUUUCUGCUGUGAGUAAAAAAUUGAAGUUAAAAGGACUGCAUUGUGACUGUAAGGAAAUUAGUAUUUCUGUGUUUUGAUGUAGGUAUUGAAACCUGGGUAUAUAUUGCUGCAAUAUAUUUAAAAACAAAAAUGAAAAAGCUACAUCUUUUGCAAGUGCUAAAAGAAUCCAUGACAUCCAUUUUAAAAGAAGCUUCAGAAUGGUCAUACUGUACUGUUUUCUAUGACAAUGGAGCUUGAAAAGCCAUAUACACAAAGGCUUUUUUGAUUCAGUCUGUGUUGGUGUGUGUGUGUGUGUAUACACACACACUAUGUCAAUGUGUAAAAUCAAAAAUUCUUUAACACUCAUAACAAUUGAAUUUGUGCAAGUGUGUAAGCUUUCCAGCUAUCAUAUAUUGCAUAGUUUAUUGCACAAGUACAUGACUUACAUAGGAUAUAAACAUUUGUUACAAGAUUUUGAUUAUUUCCUAUGGUUACAUGUGGUAUUUUACAUGUUACAGCAUUAUAGUGAGGAAAAGUACAUUUGCUCUUAUCUUGGGAAAGAAUAUGUGAGAACGUUCAAAUUAACAAAACAAUGCAAUUGUUAAUUGAUUCAAGUUGUCAUUAGAUUAUUACUGUAUACAUAAGAGAGACAAAGUUGAUACAUUACUUUAAAAAACUUAAAUUUAUAUAGUCAAAUUCAUCCUGAGAUAAAUGCGUUAACGUUCAUUGCCUCAGUUUAUACAUAAUGCUAAGUCAUAGUAUGGUUUGUUUAGUUUUGGAUUUGAACAUUUGGGAAUUCAUCCGUUGUUGUUUGUAUACAUUUUAGGGUUUAGCAUGAUAAGUGAACAAAACAAAUUAAGACUUUUUUGAGAAAACAUAGUUAAAUCAUGACUAGCAUGAUCCAUGAACCCUUUUGUAGGUGAACAAGAUGUAUAUUGUUGC